UUACUAUACACCGUUAGUUUAUUUACAACAAUAGUUAUCGUUAUUUUACAACGCCGUACUUAUUAAAUUGAUUUUUAAGUAAAGUAAUCCUUUGUUCGAAGAGUGUAAAAAGCGACGUUGCCGUUCUUCAUUCCUAGUUUUCUUAUAAGAGAAAACUACACCCGAGGAUCUACAUGAAAGUUUAGCAUUAUAAGUUAAAGCUGUGAUAAUUUCGUGCGUGUAGUAAUAAAGUAAUGCUCCAGUGUAUUGAAAUGUGUAAUUCUGAACGUUAUACAUUGUCUGACGCAAUACCUAUCUGGCAACAGCGCGAAGAAUCGGACUGAAUAAUUUACUGAUGUAUUAGCCAAACACAUCAGUUAUUAUUUAUUAUCACACAUCUUUUCACUUUUUAUGAGGCACUAGGGCCCUCGCGCCCGGUCGCUCAAAUCUUCGGGAAGUCGAGCUGUGGGCGGAUCGGUGCGGGCAUAUACAACGACAAGAAGCCGCUGAUUGCUCCUGCACGAGCUUAGGUGCCGAUUCACCCUCAACUCGCGCCAAUAAUCCCGAUAAUGUUGAGAUCGGGCGCGGGGCACCCGGAUGCUGGCCAGUCGGAGGCGUCCACUUCGCGGCAGCGCUCGCCCGAGGAAGAGGCGCAGCGACUGUACGCGACACUCAAUGAGUACCUGCUUUUGGAGCAUAAGACGCAGCCGAAGCUGUGUUUGCCGGCUGAAUCUGAGAAUGGUGAAGUGACGACGGGAGCUCGCGACGGCGCGGCGCACGUGCUGCGCUGCCUCAAGGUGUGGUUCGAUCUGCCCGCCGACGUGCUCAUCACUGCCAUCAACUUGUUCGACAGGUUCCUGACAAAGAUGAAGGUGCGUCCGUGCCACGUGCCGUGCAUCACGGUGUCGUGUAUGAACAUCGCGCUCGAGCAGUACGCCGCAGACACUAACACUAAGCGCAGCAUCUCUGUUGAGGAGUUGGUAUCAAUCUCUCAGUCAGCAUGCACAGCAGGCGACGUCACCCGCAUGUCGCGAGUUAUCGUGGAUAAGCUGUCUCUAGUGGGUGGCUGCCGAGCUCAUACGGCGCUCGACUGGCUGCGACUGCUGCGGGCCAUGCUCACCUUCCAUGCUGGCACUCUGCCUGUCGUCUGCCAGGAAGAUGAGUUAGUCCAGUUGCUGGAGAUAGUGAGCUGCGACGCGGCCUGCGCCAACGUGCGAACUAGCGAGCUCGCACUAGUGCUGCUGUAUUAUAAACUAGAGCAACAGCUAGCGGAGUGGUCGGUGGCGGCGACGGACGCGAUCCCCGAGCACGCGUACUAUCUCUACGACUUCGCCCGGCAGAUACAGCUGCACUGCCAUAUGUGCGACACGACAUUAGCGGCGGCGCGGGCCCGCGUGCGGCACGCGGCGGCGCGCUACGAGCGCUGCGAGGCGCGCCGGGACCAGCGCCAGCGCCUCGUGUGGAGGCUGUCCGAGAGGACGCUCAAGGUACUACGUCCUACGGACCGUCUGCGGGAAGUGCUACCGACCAUCGAGGAACAACAUCUAGCCGUCGACUCCACGCCCACCAGGAACAGAUCGGGCAGUGAAAGCAGCGAAAACGAAGAGACAUCCGAUUGGCCGCGCAGCCCCGUCCUCCCAGUGUACUGCGACAACUAGCCACGAGCCACCAGCCACCGCGACCGGUACUUACCGCCGCCGGAUCUAACAGCACGGAAUUACCGGAAAUCCGGAGCUAGAGAAUACUGAAAUCCGUCAAACACGCUGUAAGAUACACUUGAAGUCUGAAAAGGUUAUGUUUCGAAGAAAAACUGUUAGGUGUCAAAAUGAACUAGGUCUUGUUAAGUUUAUGGUUCAACGACUUUAAGAAAAGAAGAUUCUAAAUAAGGUGGUUUUUGAUAUCAAAGACUUCCGGUACUGUGUAUAAGGUUUAAUUUCGAUGCAAAAAGUCUUAACAUAAGCGUGUCUAAGUUAUGUGGGUGGAAUUUAGCGAUUUAACAGCAGAUAAUUUGCAAAAAAUCCAAAGGUCUUUUGGAAUUUUUUGCACUUCGCAAAUUCUCCCUUCUGAAAAACUUGAAACCGGUUGAAAUUUUGAACGUAUCAAAUCGUGCGUAAAACUAUUGAAUUCCAACUCUAUCUUUGUAUAUUUAGAAAAUACAUUAGAUACUUAAAUCGAUAUUUUUCUUAAUAUCGAUAAACGCAACGAUUCGAUACGUCAAAAUUUAUCGAUAAGUUCUCUAAACUAGCUUCGAACGGUAUUUUUAAAACUGUUAAUAUUUUCGGAGGGUAGUUCUAAAGUUAUUGAACUUGUACCUGGCAGCUUGUAACUAUACAACCUUUUGGAAUAAUUCAAAUAUUAAUUUUCAUUAAAUUUUUUGACAUUUCGAAUUGGUUAUUUUGACAUUUAUUUUUUAAUUAACUCGAAUUCUAAAAGGUAUUAUAGUUGUUUAAAAUAGUUUAUUGUUAGACUUGAUAAAUAAAUCUUUUUGAUGGCAAGUAGAACAUAUCUAGAAAGCUGGGUCCAUGCAGUCGAAAUUUUGAAAAAUUGAAGACGAGGUCCGUAAUACGGUUGGUACAGAAAACUCCGAAUAUGUUAAGCAUUUAAUUCGUUAAGGGUUAAUUUUCUAGAGAAUUAGUUAAACUGAACCAAUCUAUUACAUCUCGUCUCCGAUUUAACGAAAAUUUAAUAAAUAAUAAUUAUUUUACGUUUAAAUUUAAUAAAUUCGAAAAAAAAAUACAAUACUGUGUUAAUUAAUUUAUAUACAAGAGAUAAAAAGCCGUGGUUCUAAAUUUAAGUAUUUUUCUUUUUUAUUUACUUUUCAAAAAAGGAAUUAUGUCUCUCGGCGUGUACGCGCGAUCCUAAUUUUGAAGUUGUCAAAAUGUAUGUGAUCCGUUCGUGUUUGUGUGCGUGUGUAGUGAGAGCGGCGCUGCGUCUGUGUGGGUGCCACGGGGAAGUUACCCGACUUGAAAUAAAGGGGGGAAGAGAAAGAUGUUGAGGUUGCGAUAUGGUACGGUUAUUUUUCUCGAUAAUUUAGACGCUAGAUCAAUAAAGACAACUUUGCCCGAUUUUUGGACAGUUUUGCCCAAUGUUUGGUCAAUUUUGCCCGAUAUUAGGACAGUUUUGCCCGAUAUUUUGACCUAACUAUAUCACAAUACUCAAAUGUCGUGACCAAUUUUCUACCGUCGCGUGGUGGUCACGCAGUCGCCCCGUCCGCUCAAUUGUAUGUUAAGAACAUAAGUUAGUGUAAUCCGUAUAAAAAGGACAAAAAAAUUAUAAAAAAUGGUGCAAUUUUAAAAUUCAAAAAAAUCCAGUUCAAAAUUUUAAUGGUUAAUAAAAGUAAUAUUUGGAGUAUUAUUCAAUGCGAACAGUUGUUUUUUUUUUUAAUGAUGAUUUUGCAUUGCGACGGAUAACGUUUCUUUCGUUUUGCGGGGCUUUCGUAAGCUAGUAUAAACUUGCUCCACGGUUUAGCCCCAAAAACUUUAAUAUCAUCAGUCCCUCUUAUAGCUUUACUAAUGUUUUUGUUAUUAAUAUAUUUGAAAGGAACGUUCUCCGUCUACCCGAAGCUUUCCUUACUGUGAUUAUUCUUAUUAGAGGAAAAAAAAGUUCAAAAAAAAUAAAUAUUCCAUAUUUUUUACUAGCUCUUAAGUUGGCGAGAUCUGGGGUAGGACUGCGGUUUAUGGUUAAAUAUUAAAUAGUAUUAAAUUUAUUUAGGAUAAAAUUGGCGAGCUUUAAUAACGAAUGGGUGAGGUUUUUGUUGGCCCACAGUUGCCCAACAGCUGUGCGACAGUUGCCCGACUGUUGCGCCGCAGUUGCUCCCCAAAUGUCGCUUUCAGUUUCUAAUUGUAAGUAAUCGAGUCACAUAAAAGUGAGUGAAUGUAUCUAAAUGAGGAAAACAAGUGAAAAAAAAAAUAUCCACCGAAGUUUUCUUUUGUAAGUACAUCUUAUUAUCUAUAAUUUUAAGUAUUAAAGUUAUUGUAAAAAAAUAAUUUUUAAUUAUAAAUAAUAUAUUUCCAUUCGCGACAAGCUCUUGACAAGAGUAAAAAAAAAAAAUUGGCAUUAUUAUUUCUAUUUUUCAAUUACUUUUUAUUAUUUUCAGUAGUAGUAAUCAAUUUUCUUAAUAUCGUAUGGUAGUUUAUAAACGUAUAAAUGACAAAAAAAAAAUACAAAUUUACGAAAAAAAUUGUAAAAAAAAUAUGAUCUCAGUUUGUAGUUUUCUUUGCAAAAAAAAACGUGGAAUUUUUAGUAAAAAAACAGCAAAUUUCGGGAUUGUAUGCGUAUGACAUACUUUCCAUGCGUUUCGAAUCACAAUUUCUUUUAUAAUUUUAUAUUUUUAUAAGUCUCGGAAAAUGUGUCAACGGUGCAUUGGUCCAUUUCACCCUGUGGUUAAAGCUAAGUAUAUGUUUUAAAUAUUUUUUCUUACGCAUACAAUUCCUUGAAAAUACAUUAAUAUAAUCGCCUUGAAUUUUAGAAAGCUAUGUACAUUUACACUCUGUGAUAACAUCAAAAUGCUAAAAGUAUGUCAUUUGACUCGAGAAAAUUUGAAUAAAUUCGCUUCUAGAUAAAAAAUCUAGAUCAUUCUAUAAUUUUUCAGAUUUCCGAAUGUACAAGUGACCUACUUUUUUCAAUUUUGAUAAUAAAUGUAUAAAAAAAAGAUGUGAUCGAUAAAUUUUUGACAUCUCGAAAUAAUAUUUUAAGAUCGAAUUUUUUAUAAAAGGUUAUAAGAUCGGAACUUUUUAUAAAUUUAAUUUAGUACUGAAUUUAAAAUGUUUUCGAUGCUAAAUAGAUCGAUUGUACAGUCUAAUAUAAGAUGCCAAGUUUUUUUAAAUGUAAAAAUAGUAGUUAAAUCUCAACGCACAAUCCUUGUAAAUAUUCUAAAGAAGCUUUAUAAAUAACUCAAAUAAGCAGCUGUAUUUAAUAUUAUUUUCUAAGUUAACAAUGUAAAUACUUACAACAGUGUCGAAUUUACGAUCCAAAAUGGCGGAUGACGCCAUGAAUUUUAAAUUCAGUACUGAACGGAGUGUUUUUGUAAAAAGAUUAAUUCUAGGCAACAGAAACACCAAUGUAUAGUUAUGUAUUGACUAUUUAAUAAACGAUUAAAAACCCCGUAGGAAAAUAAGUCACAGUCUAAAUAAAUGUUCCUUCUCGAUUUUGUCGAAAACAUUGUACUACUAAAUGUUGUUAGACUGUGGCAUUAAAAUUUGUCAAUACAAUAGAAUCAGCAUUUAAUUGUAAAUUCUGAAUAUAUUCCCGUUAUAUAUGUGUGUGUGAAUGUGAUGUCAGUUUUGUAAAGAAAAUGUGCAUGAGUCAAAGUAAUCUCGAAAUAUGAGAAUAAACAAAUAAACAGUUGAAGACUCUA